AUGUCCCUGCGAGAAGGCUCCCUCACAGUGGGAUGGGCGACCCUAUUCUUAGCCAACUGUGCCCUGGCCUUCAAUGUCUUUGACCUGGCGUCUAACCGGCCGCUGCUGCUGACGCUGCUGCUGCUGCUGCUGAUGGGCGCGCUGUUUGUGCUGGCGGGCAUGUGGCUCACGCUGCAGUUCAGAUGGAUCCAGAUGCAGCACCCGGCGGUCGUGCUCGCGUUUGAGCGCCAGGUCCUGACCGCAUCGCUGCCCAUCGCGGCGGUCGUGCAGUCUCUGGGCAUCGCUGCCAUGACUGACGAGGGGGACGUCCCUUACUACCUCGCCGCCAUCCUCUGCGGCCUGUAUGCCUUCAUGGGGCGCCCCCUUGUCUCGUCGUUCCACCAGGCGCGCCCGCAGCGGUCGAUCGGCGGUGCAGGGGCGCCGCCGCCGCGGGACGCGACGGUGCAGUCGCGCGCCGACGCGGCGCUCAUGGCCGCGGCCGUCAUACUGCUGCCGCCGAUCUCAUACGUUGCAAUCCACUGGGCCGUCCUGGAGCACUGGGUCCACCUCUGGGCGGUCGUCCUGCUGGCCAGCGCGCCCACGGCUGUGCUCUGCGUGCUGCCCGGGGGCCUGUGGUGGCUGCCCGGGCCGCCGGCGGUGGCGCGGGGCGCGCAGCGGCUGCUGCUGUGCCUCUCGGCGCUCGGCGUGCUGGCAGGCUUCGAGGGCCGCGUGGUCUUCCACGCGUUCGCCCCUUACAUCAAGCUGACCCCCCCCUGGAGCUACAUCAUGGUCACCGCCGCCCUCCUCGGCCUCGCGAUGCUGGUCGUCGCCCACGCGUCGGGCGCCCUGGGCACGUCCCUGGACGUGACGCUCGCCGGCAGCUGCCUGAUGCUGUGCACGACCGCCGGCGCCGUCGCGGCCGGCGUGCCUUUCCCGUGGCUGCCGGCGCCGCUGGUGGCCGCCAUCGGGCUCUCUUUGUACUACGACUCGCGGAGCGUCCGCGAAUAUGCCAUAUUUGUCGUCGGCGCCAUGCUGACAUCAGCGUGGUUUGUCGCGCACCACUUCUGGUUCCUGGACGCCCGCGUCGGCCACCUCCACAUCCGCACUGCCUGCCGCCUGGCCCUCGUGGCGCUCGCGCCAGCGCUCGCCGUGCCGGGCCUCGUCGUCGCGCGCGCCGGGCGCGGCGCGGUCGGCGCGCUGCUGUUUGUGCAGGCCGAGCUGAUUUGCAUCCUGGAGGAGCAGCUCUACUCAGCUGCGGCGCUGGAGGGGCCCGGCGCCGAGCAGAUGUACCCGCCCUACCUCGUUAUCGUCACCUCGGCCGCCGGCGCGCUCGCCUCGGAACGGCUCGCCGCUGCGCGGCUCGCGCCGCGGUGGGCGGCGUGGGUCGUGCCGGCGCUGUACGGCGCGAAGCUCUCGAUGCUGGUGGUGCCAGAGGCGCACCUGGUGCUCCCGGUCGGGCUGCUGGUGCUGUCCGCGACCGCGCCGCUCGCGCUGCACCCGCCGCCGACAGGCAAGCGGCGCGCCCGCAUCCCGCCGUGGCAGGGCCUCGUGCAUGCGGCCGCGACGGUGGUCGCUGCGCUGCUCGCGCGGUUUGCCGUCUUUGACGUCGUGCAGUGGGCGGCGAUGGGGCGGCCGCACGAGGGGGUGCUGCUGGGGGCGCUGCUGCUGGCGACGGCGGCGGCGCUGGCGCCGCUGACCGUCUUCCGCCUCAACGCCGGCCUGGGCCUCCUCGGCCUCAUGCUCAUGCUGCUGCAGCCCCCCCUCCCCCGCGCCGGCGGCGCCGCCUGCCCGCACCUGCCGUUUGCGCUGUGCCCGCGGCUCUGGGACCAGCGGCACGUGCCCAUGCACGAGGCGGACGACGCCGCGGUCUGGGCCAGCGGCCUCGGGCGCCGCGAGCACUGGACGCGCUGGCUGCUGGUCGCGGCGGCGGGCCUGGGGCUGGCGGGCGGCUCCGGGGCCGCGCCGGGCGCGAGGACGCCGGGCGUGCGGCUGGUGCUGGGGGCGGGCGCGGGGGCGCUGGUCGGGUACUUCCUCGCGUUGGAGGCGGUUCCAGGGCAGGAGUUGCUGCAGACGCUGGUCCUGGGUACGUCCGUGGCUGUGGUGUGCUUCAUUGUGCUGCUGCAGAACCCGAUGCUGGGUUCGCCCACCUGGCUGCCGCUGCUGGGCGCCGGCUGGCUCGCCGCCGCGGCGUUCACGCUGCUCGUCCAGUCGGCGGUGCCUUUGCCAGAUUCCGCCAGGUUCAAGCGCCUCUACCCGGACUCGGCGGUGGCGGUGGAGGCGGAGCGCCGCGCCGCGGUGCAGGCGCUGCUCGUAGGGAUCCUCUCGGCGCAGGCCAUGCUGCUGGCGUUCAGCCUGAAGCUGCGCACCGGUGCGGCACUGCGGGGGCAGGAGGCCGGCGGCGGCAGGGCAAACGGCUCCUACGACGGCGGCGGCCGCUCGCGCGGCGGCGGCGCGCCCCACCACCAGCCCGACUACUUCUGCGGCAUCGUCCCCGGUGCCGCCGCCCUCUCCGGCGCGUCGCUCCCCGGCGCCGCCGGCGCCGCGCUGCGCCGCCUCUCCCGCGACGGCCUCGGCUGGGCGCCCGCGGCCGGCAACCUGUGCGCGGCCCUCGCGUUUGCGGGCGGCCUGUUGGUCAACCGCCACGUCACUGGGGGCGAGCCCGAGGGCGCGCUGCUGCUGGCGCCGCUGCUGCUGCUGCUCAGCCGCGACGGGCUGCUGCUGCGGGGGCUAGGGGAGCAGCAGCGCUACUUCCCGCCGGUCGCGGCGGUGUCUGCGUACCUCGCAGCGGCGGCGCUGUCCAACACCAUCGGCUGGGGCCUGCGGCUGCAGGACGCCGGGUUUUGGGCUCUCGAGGUCGGGCUGCUGCUGAUCGCGCUGCCGAUGCACGUGUUGUUUUUGGCGCACGUGUGGCGCCAGAAGCCGCAGCCACUGGCGGCGCUCGCGGUGCUGGGGCCGCUCUCGCUGGUCGCGCUGCUGCUGACGCGGCUGGAGGCGGUGCAGUAUCUUGCAGGCAUCGGGCUGGCCAUGGGGCUGCUGAUGUUUUUGAACGUGCGGCAGCUGCGGCGGCGCGGCAUGAAGGCGAUCUGA